AAACAUCAAAUACUUUAGAAGUCAAACGUAAUCUUGGCAGAGCUGAGUGAAUAAAAAUCAUGCAUCUGUUUAUUACGAAAAUAUGAGCGUGGUGGCCCCUUUUUUAUUAUACAUUUUAAGCUUUGACUUGCCAAUUUUUUAUACGACCAAAAUCGCUCAAAUUAAAAAUGAACAUUUUAAGCUACUUAAAAACAAAUGUAAAACCAACGUACUCGAGUUCUCGCCAUUUUAACGCUAGUAUUGAACGUGCAUGGUAAAAACUUUGAAGCUACUUUUGUUUUAUAACCACUAUUACUCCAACUUGUUAUUAUCGGUUACCCGAACUGUAAUAUAAUAAGCAUGGAAAACCAGGAUGAAACUGCAGAAAGCGAGAAACUCGCCAAUCUGAGAGCUGAGUUCUUCAAAUCCGUUGAGAGUGGCGAUGUUAACCUAGUCACAGAUCACCUCAAAACGAUUGAAAACGUGGAGACCGUGAUAAAUGCUGAAGAUGACUUCGGGUACACGCCUCUUGCCCUGUCAAUCAAAUUGCAAAGCGAAGAACUCAUGAAACUCAUGAUGUCGAACGGAGCUGAUCCAGGAGACGCCAUGUUAAUUGCGGUUGAUGUCGGCUUCCGAACUGGAAUCAAGAUACUCUACAAUUCCGAAAGAACUUUGGUCAACCUCGCCGUCUUGUCGAAACAUUUUCAGUUCGGAACCACGCCUCUGAUGGUUGCUUGUCACAAUAACAGUUACGAGCUGAUCGAGUAUUUGUUCAGCCUUGGGGCGUUCCCAAUUGACGAAGACUCCUCAAAUUUCGGCCAAGAUGGUCUUCAAAGGUCGCUGUACCGAAUGUCGAUCUACAAGGCAAUUUGCAGCCCCUCAUACAUAAUGAUUACUCAUCAAGACCCGUUGCACCAGGCGUUCAAAAUGAGAACUGAGACCCACAGGUUGAGUAUUGUAGACGAGGAGCUCUCAGAAGAGUACCGAAUACUGACCACAAAAUGUGAAAAAUUUAGCGAAGAGUAUCUUUCAUGUGUGGCGACGGACAAGGAGUUGGAAUGUUUGUUAAGCAUGAACAACCCGAACGUCGACGGAGAAGUCACGCCUCCCGGAGGUCCCGUGACUCGGAUCCUCUACGCGAUAAACACGAAUCAAAAGAAGUUUGUUGCUCAUAGGUUCUGCCAGCAGGCUAUUGACGAAUCGUUUACUGGAAGCAUCCCUUGGCGAGGUCAGAAUUUGUUCGUAAAAAUUGGAAUCUCAAUCAUUGGUGUCCUUAUUCUUCCAUUUUAUUGGAUCUUCAACAUCUUCGCUCCUCCCAAUAUCUCUUGGCUUCAGUGGUUCGAAGUGCCAUUGCUGAAGUUUGCCUCCGCAUUUGUGGGUUACUUGAUACUAGCCGUUAUGACGGCAAUAAAUUGUAUAAACAUCACCAGUUGGGUUCCAGAAAACAAUGAAGUACCAAGCGACUACAGAAACGGCGCCAUAUCUGAUUUUGGAGCAUGGGUGUGUAACGUUUACGUCUUUGCUUGGCUGGUUGGGAGGUUCCUUGAGUUUCUGCUCCAAGCUUUGAAACUUGGGUUCAGUUCGGUUUGGGGAGAUACUUGGAGCCGUUACGACCUCCUCACAAUGAUGCUGUUCUUCGUGAGUACAUUAAUGUACUGGUCGGGAGCUUCCAACGGAGUUGAAUACGCAAGUUUACACGACACAGCAACGCAAAGCUACGAAAUCUGUUUCUCUCUCGGAACUUUGUUGGUCCUUAACAGGUCCAUUUAUUGGGUUGGUGUCACUGAAAGUCUGGGUAAACUGAACAUCCUUUUGGGUUUUGCUCUCGGAAUAAUCGUCCGAUUUUUCCUCAUCUUCUUUAUAUUCCAGUUUUCGUUCGCGGUCGCUAUUAAUUCGCUUAUGUGGAAAGAAAAUAUAAUAUAUGCUCUAGAGUGUAUCACUGAAGAACCAGUACAAAUUAUUGAGCCAAAAGUUUGCGUUUUGGAUCGCACUCUUAUGAAGAAUUAUUUUUGCUUCGUCAAUGAAACUACAAUUCCUGACUCGAGUUGUAUUGCGAAUAGUUCCUACAGCAGCCACCAAUGUCUUAAUGUUGCCGACCAGCUUGUAAGAUUUGACCUAUGUGUUACUUCGGAUGAGCUGACAGAUGAACCGUGUAUGCAGAAAUAUACCCAACUGCCGCAGCGAAAUCUAUGUUUUGAGAGCCCAGCAGUAAAUUUAACGUUAGGCGAAUGCUGUGAAAUUGUUGAGGCGUUUGAUAAUAUUACAGAUAUCGGAUGCCUGACUCAAGUUAUAUACGACUUCAAUGAAUGUUACUAUGACAUUUGGGACUCAAACGUAAAGCAAUUCACAGAUGUCGUGGGAUCUCUUUGGGUCACUUUUUGGGCUCUUUCUGGAAGUGUGGAUUACCAACUAAUAAAUAAACUCUACUCGGAUAACUACAACGUGCCCAUUCUGGUUGGUCUUCUUUUGUGGAUCAUUUACUGCAUCUUAGGCGUCCUCAUUUUCCUGAACAUUCUGAUCGGUCUGAUGUUUAAAACGAUGGAAACUCUGGAAGGAAACGUUGACAUUGAUUACAAAUGUGACAAAGCGCAGAUGCUGAUUCCCUUCAUUGCCGGAGGAAUAAACCCGGUCCCCCCUCCGUUCAACAUAGUUCCCAGAGUUGCUUACGUCAUACUUAUUGUCGACACAAUUCGAGCCCGAAUUUUGAAGUCGAAAAAGAGCGGAAGCGAAACUACGAAUUCAAAAAUCACGCUUUCAGAUGUGAAGGAAAUGCUGGAAAAUGUGAAAACUCGCUGGCGUCGAAAUAUGAAUGCAAGCGGAAGUAACGACAAUGCGACGGGGGAGCACGUGAAGGAAAUCGAGAGUUGGGUCCGCAAGAAGAUGGGAGACCUAGAUGUCAAUGUGGAAAAUUGUGAACACUUCCUGGACACUGCUUACAAGCGGCAGUAAAGAAAGACACUUGGUGUCAUCUAACAUGUACAUAAGAUUCGUCUAAAUGAAACUGAAAAGCGCAAGUUUCCAGUUUGAAUCGAUUAAAUAAUAACAAUAAUAAAUAAACCCAUGCAGGGGCGUAUGCACAG